AUGGAUCGGCGACAAGGUCGUGCCUUACUCGAGAUUGUGCAGCGAAUAUACGAUACAAUGUGGAGACCAAGAGCACCUAUUCCUCAAACGGAACCUCUAUGGGAGCCGCGACUCAGCAUUGGACAAAGUGCGGUGUGUCCUUCAGCGAUCCUCGCUCGAACGUGGCUGCAGCUCGGCAUGCCUUCCUUGGCUGAAGUAUAUAUGGCACACAUUCGAAGACUUAGUCCUAGUCCACCCAAGAACUGGGACGAAUUGCUGUUGGAUGCCACUAUCACAUGUGCAUUUCGGCAUGUCGAGCAGGGAAAAUAUGAACAUGCUAUUUCGUCGCUUGUGAGCAAGAACACGCUGUACCAAAUCACAUCCUUGUCUCUUCAUCAACAAUGGCAAGACGCGAUCUGGUAUGUCAUGUAUGUACGCGCGCGCCGACAAAAUCACACAGCGACUCUCCGGAGACUUGAGCAAUUGUGCCCUGGUGUGCAUGAGUGGUAUGAACCUAUACGAUCCACGGAGCCGACGGCGAGUGCAUGGCUUCGUGAAGCGCAGAAUAUGAUCCACGCUCGCCAGCCGCACCAGAGUCUUGAAGUGCUUAUGAAGGCAUUAGCGGCUAGUGAGGCUCAGCAGCUCUUCCCUAUGCGACGCACGUGUUUGGCCGUUCUUGCAGAUACCAUGAUUAUGUCGCUCGGCAUGCACACGGAGGCGCGUGCGUUGCUCGAUGAAAUUUUCCCUCAAGUCCUGGCCGAUGAAAAUGCGGAGCGACGCGCCUAUGUGCACAUGGUGUUGGGCAAAUAUUUUCUUGCAACAAAGGAGCUUGUGGCAGCGCGUGAUUCGUUGCGUGUCGCAGCGCAGAACUACGAGUGUCUGGAGGCUUGGAAAGACCAGGCGAUGUGUCUAUAUCUCGAGGCCAGCGUAUCACACUUACUCCAAGAUACAGAAGCACAUGUUAAUGCAGUUCAGCGCCAUGGAGAGGUCCAGUCUCGCGCAGAUGAGGCUCACACAGCCUCUUGCCCAAUGCCCCCCGUCGAUGCACUCGAGCGUUUAGUGUGCCGGAUGAGCGAACGGUGUCAGUGCAGUUUAGUCAGCACUUAG